GCGACAAUGGAUGGAAGAUUAGCUAAUGUUCGUGAAGUUAACUGAAAUAAGCUGUUUGUGAUGAAAUAUUGAACAGUUUAGCCGAUUUAACGAUGGACACGAAGUCUAUAUUUAUUUUUCUUUAUCAUUACUUGUGUGAUAAUGUGAAAUUUGCCGAGAAACUAGCGGCUUUCUCUCGUCCGUCCAUCUGUCCCAGUUUUGACAGCUGAGAUGGGACGAGGGGCAGUUAUUCUCGUGUUCACAAUUCUGAUAUCCCUGCCUGUGCAUGGUUGCUGUUGUGAGGGAAGGGCAGUGCUGACAGAUUCCAGUGGCAUUAUAUCUGAUGGAGAUGAUGAAUAUCCAAGUUAUGCCAGAUGUGAAUGGUUAAUAGAUGCCCAAGUUCCAAACAAGACAAUAUACCUGGAGUUUGAUGAGCUGAACACAGAAUGUUCCUAUGAUUUCCUCUUCAUCUACGAUGGUAACUCAUACCAGGACCGCAUGCUGGCCAGUUUCAGUGGGAACAAUAUACCGGACCCAAUCAUGGCACAGUCAGGACAGAUGCUAGUCUAUUUAUUCAGCGACAGAAAUUAUGAACGGAAGGGAUUCAAGGCUCGGUAUUCCAUACAGGAUUGUCCAAUGAAUUGUUCCGGUCAGGGUAACUGUAUAGACCACCGGUGUCAUUGUUUUCCUGGCCGGUCAGGUGCUUGGUGCCAGUUUACAGAUUGUCCUAACAGCUGCAGUGGUAAAGGACAUUGUGUGACGGACAACGAGACUUUAGUGUCUUACUGUCAAUGUGAUAAAGGGUAUUCGGGGUAUAUGUGCAAUAUUUCUCUAAAUGACUCCGAAGGUAGUGAGUACUGGUACGAGAUUGCGCCAAACGGUGCGGGACUCGAGGCCAGAUCUGCACAUGCAGGAGCUUAUUUAUCGCUCACGAACUGUCUGUAUAUAUUUGGAGGAUUUUCAUUGAAUGAAAUUAUGAAUGAUCUCAAAAGGUUUUGCCUGGAAACAAACAGAUGGGAAAGUAUAACAGAAUCAGAUCCAUGGCCGGAGAGUAGAUAUGAGCAUGCAGUGGUUCAGUUUGGUAAUGGAUUUUACAUGUUUGGCGGAAUUUUAGGAAAUGGAACAUAUAGUAAUGAACUCUGGUAUUUCAAUGCUUCAAAAGAAUUGUGGACUAUGUGUGCAGAAAACAGCAGUGUUAGACCUCUACAGUUGUCAGGACAUACCUUAACUCUUGUUGAAAAUAAUCUUUAUUUAUUUGGUGGUAAAACCAAUGAUGGUCAGUUUUGGGCCAAUAUUUAUAAAAUAGAUGGACACAAUCCUGACCAAUGGGAGGAGGUUAUUCCACUUGGUGGAAAAUCUUCACUAAGGAGACUUGUAGGACAUUCCACUGUCUAUCAUAAAGAAUCAAAAUCUUUGUUAAUUUAUGGAGGAUACUCCCACUCACGGGACCAGUCACGAUUUGGUACCCAUACUAACAAUCUACACGUCUUUCAUGUUGAAAACCGUAUAUGGUCUCAGAUUCGUUUCUCAGAUGCUGAAAUGUCAAAAGUGCCGAGUCAGCGAUCUUUCCAUUCGGCAGUUAUAAUGGGAAAUUAUAUGGUUAUCUAUGGUGGGAAUACACACAUUCACCAUGAUCUGGAAUUAUGUUACGACUUUGAAAUGUACCUGUACCAUCUAGGAUGUCAUACCUGGGUUGGCAUUACACAUCUGCUCGGAAAGUAUGCAGAAGCUGGGAAGACCAUGCAGAGACAAGGUCGUGUGAGUCAUGUUGCCGCGGAAGCUUACGGAAACAUACUUCUUGUUGCCGGAGGAUACUCUGGAUAUGUUCGUGGUGACCUCAUUGCCUUCAAGUUCCCACCAAUUGUUGCCCCACCUUCAGCUGAGUUGGCUUUGGAUUUAGAUUACUGUACAAACUACACAAGGCCAGAGAAAUGCAUGUAUAAUCCUGACUGCUCACACUGUAAUAAUGUCUCCACCACCAAUACUAUGGGAUGUCUACACCGAACUCGCAAACAGUUGUGUAGAAACAGCGACACCCAGCAUCCUGUGGUAGCCUGCCCAGGUAUCUGUGGCCGAUUGUCCACAUGUUUAGAAUGUUUGAGUCAAGGUCAGGGAGCCACACUAGAUGACAACUCGCUGGAACAACGUACAUACAUACAACCAUGUAACUGGUGUGUCAAAGAGGCAAAAUGUCAGCAACGGUCCGAGCCAGAAGGAAAUUGUGUAGAUGGUCAUAAUACAGUAACUGGCAUCAUAGGUUGGUGGGGAGGAACAAGCGCCUCACUGAGUCAGAUUGACCAGUGUCGUCUAGAAGACUUCCCAGCAGGUUUACAUGCGAUGAAAUACAGACCUAUGGUGGAUAACAAACAUCCUGAUGAGGUUAAGAUAAUCCGUGAGACUGAAGAGAGUGAACAAUUUCGACAUAUCUACGUUAAUAAGAACAAAAAUUACCUUGAUAUUAUCAGCUGGAUGGGCUUUAUACACCCACUGAAUGCUACAAUCAAAAUUAUACAGGACUCUGUGAUAUAUGGUCUCAAACUUGUGUCAGAAAACAUCUCUGUUAGAAUGUCGCUCAGUAAAGAUGCCAAUGCAAGUAAUAAAGAGACUGUACAAACCUUAACAGAUACAGAAACAACCGGUAAACCAUCGGAGAAAGAAUUCAAUUAUCGUGAAGAUGGCACACUUCUAUUUCCGAACCGUAGCCGUGGCAACAAAUACUAUGUGGAGAUCAUAGGAAAACACAAAUAUCCAAAAUAUUCCGAGAAAAUGACACUGAGUUCACAAAUGUACAAUCUGAAAUUAAAAUGGAAUGGUCGUGGAACUCAGGGAAAACCAGAGAUAAAGAAUUAUCACCCUUUUCACUUCGAGUUCCUUGAGCCUUACAGCAAUGGUAACUGUAGCAAACAUAUCAACUGUCUGUCGUGUAUGACAGACACACUCUGUGGUUGGUGUGAACCGUCCCAUCUGUGUGUGCCCAGAAAUACAAGUAUAGACAUGUGUGUUGGAGACAACAUGACAAAAAUUAUGAUAACAGAGCCAUCCAUGUGUCCAACUUGUGCUGAUCAUGUUGAAUGCAGUUCUUGUGCAGCGGAUCCGCGAUGUGAAUGGGUUAAGGACUAUGUAUACUGUGUGAGACGAGGCCGUGCAGAGGAGGAAGAUGUUGCAAGACAUGUGUCAGAAUGUCCUCUAAGCUGCCAUCAACGAACAACAUGUAGCACUUGUUUGAACAUUAUUGAAUGUGCCUGGUGUGAAAAUCUGCGUACCUGUCUGCCAUUCUCUGACUAUGUCUCCCGACACCGCCAUGGACAGUGCACAGAAUGGAUAGAUAGUGAGGUUGCCAAUAGCAACAAUCCUUAUACAUGCAGGAACUGUACAUCUCUCAAGACCUGUGACAUGUGCCUGCAGACUUUCAGUUGUGGUUGGUGUGGCAACAGUGUUAAUCCAACUAUAGGUGUCUGCUACGAGGGUGAUUUUAACGGUCCGUACACAGACGGUAGUUGUUCUUCACUGAUAUCAUCAGUAUAUCCGAACGUGAGUGUAUCUCAUUCGGCUGAUUGGUCAUACAGUACAUGUCCUGAUGUUGAGGAAUGUCUGCUUGGUAUGGCCAUGUGUCAUCCAAAUGCCACAUGCAUCAACACACCCACUUCAUAUGACUGUAAAUGUAAUAGAGGAUUCAAUGGCAAUGGUAGAGAUACCUGCACUAAAACUUGCUUCUAUAAAUGUGUACAUGGAGAGUGUUUGGAGGAAGACGACGGGGAAUUUUAUUGCGACUGUGACAUCGGCUGGACCGGCAAUGACUGUGGGACUGACUGUAAGUGUAAUGGACACAGCAUGUGUGAGAAUGGUACAGGGAAAUGUGACUACUGCAUCAACGGUACCACAGGAAAAUUCUGCGAUCAGUGUCUCACUGGACACCAUGGUGACCCAACUAAACCUGAAGGUUGUGAACCAUGUCAGUGUAAUAAGCAUGGUAACAAGAGUAGAGGGUUGUGCCACAAUGAGACUGGAGAUUGUUUCUGUGUUGACAAUACCGAAGGCUUUGAUUGUGAGAGCUGUCAGAAAGGUUACUAUGGUGACCCCAGGGAUGGUGGAAAGUGCUACCUAAGCUGUGACCAUGGACUGAUCAUUGAGAACAUCACAGAGGGAUCUGUGGGCUCGUACAGUGGCCCAGGGGUAUCAACAUGGAGGUCGUACUGUCUCUGGAUCUUCACAGUGUCCUCUAAUAUCAACGAUCCAUGGUCCCUACCUCCUACUAUAACUUUCGGUAUGGAAGAUGUGGCUGUACAAUGUGAAAGGGACCAUGUUUAUGUUUAUGAUGGUAUCCCAAACUUCAUAGACAGCACAGGAAGUGGUGUGUUGCUUGGGGCUUUUUGUGGUUUCUACACUAGAGAGUUCCAUAAUGUGAUUGCACGGUCUGGCAUUGUAACAGUGUACUUUGAUGCUGACAUAAGUGGAGAUUACACCUCAACUCGAGGAUUUAAUGGUAGUUAUUAUGUGAACCGAUGUCCUGAGGCCUGUGACGAGACAAAGCACCAGUUCUGUAAUCACUCUACUUGUGUGUGUAUGGAGGGAUACACAGAUUUUCCUGACUGUUCCAAGCAGAUAUGUCUGGAGGGAUGUACUUACCAACAGGGUACAGGUUCUUGUCUCUGUGAGUCUGACUUUGGGGCAAGUCCAUAUCAGAUCACGAUGUAUCCCUGGGAUGCUAAUGCCAUACCUACAGAUUUCCAUGGUAACGGUCCCAGUAGUCGGUACGGACAUGCUCUCAUAUACUGUGAUGAUGACCGUCUAUAUCUGUUUGGAGGGCGAUCUUUGGAGCGGGGACUCCUAAAUGAUAUCUGGCAGUAUGGUUUCAGCAGCAAUCAGUGGACGGAGAUCAAACCUGACAGGGGAGAUAAACCAACUCCUAGGUACUUCCAUGCUGGAGAAUGCGUGCCAAUAAUGAAGGUUUUGUACAUAUUUGGUGGAUUGGUGGAGUCACCAUAUGAGCAGAGAGAACACAUUGCCAGUAAAGAGUUGUGGAAAUUUGCAAUUGGUCCAAAAAAGUGGACAGGUCCUUCGGAACCAGACUGGGUACAACCAAUGGCCGGUCACACAAUGACCCGGGGCGAGGGAACCAAACUGUUCAUCAUUGGAGGAUUCUCUACAGCCAAGUACUUCAAUGACAUUGUUUACGUCUAUGAUGCCAAUAGUUACAUCACAGCAUGGAGCACCGAGGAUGUGGAAAACAGGACCGGAGCUAAACCUGCAGGUAUAUAUGGCCACAGUGCAGUAUACAAUGAGGAAUACAAGACAAUUUACAUAUUUGGAGGUCAUGUGUUUAAGGACGAGAGACUACAGUUGUCACAAUAUCUGUUCACGUACGACGUUACAGAUGCAUCAUGGAACCUUCUCCAACCAGAACCCACAAAACAUAACAGCAUGGUAGAGGCAAGAUACUUCCAUACUGCAGUGGGUUUUGAAGACUAUAUGCUUGUUAUUGGAGGUCUCACACACCAUAGGAAUACAAGUUCUGACGUUCUGAUAUACAAGUAUAAAUGUAACUUUUGGACUAGGAUAGAUUUUUCUGGUAAUGUAGCUGGUCUAGCUGUUUCAUCAUUGAUUGCUGCAAGGUCUGUGAAGUACCAGGACAGUGUUUACUUACAUGGUGGCUUCAGCAUGAUGGAUCAACGUGCACUGUAUCGUAUCACACUUCCACUAGAUAUCUGCUCCAUUCACAGUACUAAAGAAACAUGUAUACAGCCGGGAUGCUCAGCACUGAUCGAAAAUCUACCAAACAGCGCCAGACGGAACAUCACAGUUUGUUACACAAGUGGGAGAAAAAUGUACAAUACAGGGAUAGAAGAGAUUGAAGGGCCAACGUGUGAUAUCUACUGGCAUAGAGGACGUGUAUGUCAGGAUAUAACAAACUGUUCACAGUGCGUUGCUGCGUAUCCUCCAUUCAAACACGCUGACCCUUCUUGUUUCUGGUGUGAGAACUGUAUGAUCAACAUGUGUGUUCCAAAAGGCUUCCUCAUUGCUAGUAACUUUACGUCACAUGAAGCUAAACAACGAUCGUCGUGUACAGUGUCCCCAUGUGUUGCCUCAUCGUGUUCAAGGUGUAAAGAACGAGGUUGUCUGUGGUCACAGAACUUUUACAGAGAAACUUCAGGCAAUUUUGUAAACAUUCGCCAUGUAAGCCCCACCAAGAAAUAUGACUGGAGCUGUGUACGUAAGACGCUUGCCAAGUCCUUGGAGUACUACAACCUUGAUGGGGAAUGUCCAAAACCCUGCUACCUGCAUGGGACGUGCCAGGAAUGUCUGAGCUCGCACGGAGGGGAAGGAGGAUCCAAGGAGUGCUACUGGAGUGAAAGCUUGAAAGAAUGCAUGCCACCAGCAUAUCUAUCUCUACAUUGUGUGGGAGGGACAUGUGGUACAUUGCUACAGGGUUCAAAAGCCAAGUGCCCCGCUCCAUGCUCUAACAACACGAAAUGUGCAGACUGUCGACAGGCCCAGGGUUGUGGUUGGUGUGCCAAUGGAGGUCAGAAUGGGAAAGGUGUGUGCUUGCCUGGCACACGAAGCGGCCCAGCUGAGAAAGAAAUGUGUGAACAGACAGGCCUCUCAUUUCCUGAGAAAAUAACAGAUGUUGACAUAUUAACAUGGGCAUAUGCAAGAUGUCCACCAGAAGAUGAAUGUCUGAACGGACACCACAACUGUGAUCUGCAGACCCAGAACUGUAACGAUGAACUGAACGGAUUCAGCUGCACUUGCAAGAAGGGAUAUAUCAACAAAACAGAGGACAAUGGAAAGUUGAAGUGUACACCAGUUUGUCAUCAGGGUUGUGUACACGGAACUUGUGUACGUCCGGAGAACUGUGUGUGCAACUUUGGAUACAUUGGCAAGAACUGUUCAACAAAGUGUGAAUGCAACGGACACAGUAACUGUGAGAGUGUACAGAGGAAAGAUAAAUGUCUUGAAUGCAAGAAUAAUACACAGGGUGUCCAUUGUGAACAGUGCAAGCCGUUGUUUGUUGGUGAUCCACGCAAUGAAGGGAGAUGUGUAUCAUGCACAGAUUUCUGUCAUGGUCACUCUGAUAUCUGUAUUGCAUCGUACGACUUCAUCAGAAAACCAGAAAUUGAUUCUCUUCUCCGCAGAUUCAAAAGUACUAAAUCAGACAGAUUCAUGGCAGAGUUUGAAAAAAUUCAGCCAGUUGGACCUAUUCAGAUGAACAGCACACUUUGUUACAACUGUUUGGACAAUACGUUAGGUAACCGAUGUGAAAAAUGUUUACAAGGCUACUUCAGACUGCAGGACAUGCUACCCAACAAACCUUGCACCAAGCAUAUUAGUACUGAACACAGUGAUGUAGUUGUUAUGGCCCUGAGGAGUUUGUUCAUAAAUGCCCCAGGUAUGUUGUUUGGUGGCCCUGCAGGUAUGUUGUUCGGUGGCCCUGCAGGUAUGUUGUUUGGUGGCCCUGUCGUUACGUUGUUCGGUGGCCCUGCAGGUAUGUUGUUUGGUGGCCCUGCAGGUAUGUUGUUUGGUGGCCCGGCAGGUAUGUUGUUUGGAGGCCCUGCAGGUAUGUUGUUUAGUGCACCUGCAGUAAUCACAGGUAUGUUGUUUGGUGGCCCUGCAGUAGUUUUAGCAGGGCUGUUUUGCACAUGUGCAUCAUGCAAGGAGUAUUUUCUGGGAACGCCGACAGAUGGACACCAUUGUUACAGACAGAUGACAGUGAAUAGAGACUAUUGCUUUGAUCCUUUCACACAGGCCGAGUGUACACGUAUUCCUACAUCGCUACAUCUUGGGAAGACUGUGUUCUUUGUGGUGCAGCCAAAAUAUGUGAAUGUAGAUAUACGUGUCACAGUAGAUGUUACUGCUGGAGGUAUUGAUGUUUAUUUUUCACCACAUGAUGACACCUUCCAAGUUAGAGUUAAUGGGACAACUUGGGAACAUAAAGUACAGUUUGAUUCUAGCAGAAAUGACCAUAUGAUACGGCGUAGGAGCAGUGAUAGCGACACAUACAAUGUUCAACUAGAUCCAAUGUCGGGCAUUCACAAUGUUAUCUUGAAUCAUCAUAACAUUAAUAGUAGACUGCGCUACCAGAGGAGCUCAAACAAUAAAGACCUCCCGCCAGGACCUCCUUAUAAAGAAAUUAAAGCUAAAGACAUUAACACGUUUAUCACCGUGCAUGAUCCCAAUACAGUGCUAAUAAUUCGAAAUUUGAAGGGUCGCCUCGUGAUAACCUUACCAAAUGAUAAACUAAAUUUGAAGACAUCCCGAUUUUAUAUGGUGUUUUUAAGUACGGGUGAUAAGCUGAAAAAUGAAACAACUGGAAACUUGUAUUUUCGACAAGAUCAACCUCAUAUAGAUCUGUUUGUUUUCUUUUCUGUGUUUUUUUCAUGCUUCUUUCUAUUUCUUGCCAUGUGUGUGUUGUUGUGGAAAACAAAACAGGGUUUUGAUGCGAGACGAACUCGCCAACAGCGAGCCAGAGAGAUGCUUCAUAUGGCCUCUCGACCUUUUGCUAAAGUGCUAGUGCUCAUUGACCAUGCUGUGACACCAAUAAAUAUAUCACCAAAUCUUAGAAGUAGAUCUAGAAAGCUGACAGAUAGGACACCAUUAUUACCUAGUGAAACAGGUGUUCCAACAUCACCCAUCGUGGUAAGGGAUAGUUUAAAUAUUGUUCCAAUUGCCAUUGAGCCUACGGACAAUGGAGUAGCUGCCAUUGGAACAGUUGUGUUUCAGUUACCGGGCGGGGUUAACGCCCCUUCUCAACUGUGUCUUGGCUCAACAUUGACCAAUCAACUGUCACAAAGUACAACUGCAGGGAAAGUAAGAAGACCACCAGCUUCAUCUAAUUGUUAGUUGCUGUUUACACAGAGUUUGUACAAACAAAAUACGGGCAUAAUGAUAUAAAAAAAAUUGUAAAAUAUUAAAAUAUUCACUUAAAAUGAUUGUAUUGAAUAGGGCAGUUAACAAUAUAAUGACAAGAUAAACCUGUAUUUUAGCUGAUCUGAACCACAGGGUUCAAGGUGAGAUGUUAAUAUAGGUGGAUGAUCCUGGUGCAUUGCCACCAAUUUACUAAACAUUUUGUUCUCUAAAGUACUGGUCAGAAUUACAUUAAACUUGAAGUUUCUAUUAUCCUGUCAUGGUCAUGUCUCGGAUUUAUUCGAACGGUUCUGCUUGACUUGUUUUAUGGGUCACCAGAGAUAAAUAUGUAAAAACCUUUUAACUUCCUGAGCUACUUGAUGGAUUUUCAUGAAACUUGACCUGUAAUACUCUUGUAUGAACUUAUCAUAUCUGCUCAGUCUGACUAAAGUACAUCUCCUAUUACGCUACACUUAUGAUCUGAGAACGAGCUAUUGAUAGCCCCGUUUUGACGACCCUUUCUUUAGCCAAUUAGAGCUUAACUUACAACAUUUUGCAAAUCUACAGUUAGCCUUGAUUUUUGAUAUUUACAAUUCUUAUGUCGUUACGUGUCAGAUAUUGGAAAUCCAAAAUAUACAGAAGACGAAUGUGAAUGGGUCAUUCUCAGAUCUUUGUUUAGAAGAUCAAGUACUUUAGUCAGAUUGCAUAUCUGCUUUGAUUCUUUAGUGGCAGCCAGAGCUUAAAAUAGAAAUGCCUGUAAAAAAAAUUCUCAUGAACCACUUGACAGAUCCUACCUAACUUGGUCUGUACAUCCCUGUAUGAUUGGUCCUGUCUCACCUUUUUCAAAUGAUUACCUAUUUUGGGUCUUCGUAGCAAAAAUAAAAGACCCUUUAAAUGUAUUUUAAUUAACUGUGUAAUAGAUGUUCAAGAAACUUAAAAAAGAAGGGCAAAAGCUCGUGGUUCUCCUAACGUGAGCGACUUGAGGCCCAUUUGGACCUCUUGAGCAUUUCACACUACAAAGUUUAAUAUUUGUUUAACUGGGCAUUUAGUUUGAGCAUAGAUAUUGCAAUGUUUCCAUAUGAAAACUUAAACAAAUGGCUCCAUGUAAGCAUACUGUAAUUGAGUAAAUGUUUCUGUUGUAAAAUAUGUUACAUGUAAUGUAAUGUAAGUUGAUAUUAAAAACUCUGGUUGGCACUAUUGCUAUUGGUACUUUGAGUCAACUGUUUGAUCCAUCUUUUCAGUAACAAUAGUUUUCCUAGAUUUCUCUUAAUCGAACAACACUCUUUAUAGAUGAUUUUUUUGCCUGAUAUUUACAAUGAGCAAAAUAGAUUUGCCCAAAAAAUCUAAAUUGUUAAAGAUAUUUUGAAAGGUCUUGCUGCUACCUUAGAUGACCUUUUGAUUGAUUUUUUGUCUGGAUGUGUGAAAAUGAAGCCAAAAUUUACCAAAAAAAAAUAUUUUACAGAUGAAAUGGAUUGAACAGUUGACUGUAGUGAUUGUCUAAAAUAGAACUCUGUUAAUACAUGUGCUUAGUUUAUAGAAGAUGGCAUUAUUUUGUUAAUUGUUCAUUGAGAGAGAGAGAGAUACUAAAGGAUGGGAUCUAUACAUAUCAAUGAAGGUUUCAUCUGGGUAUAUGUAUGGCCUUCAUCAGUGACAUAGCCAACACUUAAUGUGUAACUCGGUGUAAAAUGGUUCCUGCAGCUCUGUCUAUACUAAAAAUGUUUAAUGAUCAGUACUUUUUGACACGGUCUUUACUACAAUUGUGUCUUGUUUUUGCUGGGUUUUAUCAUUGCAUCAGCAAAAGUGUAAGUUCAGAUGGCACCUUUCAAGCUUGUUGUGAUGAAAGAUUAUUUCAGAUACAAGUGGCCAUCUGGGACCACUAAACUUCUGUAAGCCAGUUGGAUGGCUCUCUCAUAUGAGAGAAUUCCACAUCGGAACUAGGUAUAGAACCCGCUGCAGUGAGGGGCAAGUCAUUCAAAGUCAGCAACCUUAGGCACUUGUUCAUGGAGGCCCCAGUAUUGUGAAACAGCCAGCACAGUCUGAAUUUGAAUGGUGUAACUGUCUGUACUGAAACUGUCUGUAUUUUGUUGUAGAAUUUCAUUUAACAGCUAGGUCAUUUUAACAUAAAUUCAUGAUUAUUUUACUUGGUAUUUAAGACAGAUAUAUUAGUUUAAUAUUUUUUAUGCCUGCAGAAGUCUUUGUUGCACUGUUAUUAAAGAUGUUUUUUGUUUGUUAAUGGAAAGAGUCUAUACAGCUGACUUCCGGUAGUUUCUGGUUUACCAGCAUAAAGGCAUGUAUGUGAAUAUGUCAAAUGACAGGACUGUUAGGCAGGCAGCUGCAAAUAAAUCCAACUGAAUAGCAUUUGACCCUGAUAAAAUCUUUCUCAAUUGAGGUAAUUAAAGUGCUAGCAAUUUCAGUCCUGGGGUUUUUAACUAUCAUUGUGAUCUAUAAUAUUAUGCCGUAUAAACCAGAGUUACACCAAGAAACUGUUGUUGUCAGAACGUGAUAUUCAAAAUGCCAAAGUGUUGUUUCUUUGUUUUGUAAAUAGCGGUAUGCAUAAUAGUUCUAUAGUUUUAUAGUCAAUAUUCAGCUUCAGUAUUCUUGGGAAAUUAGUGUUUUUCAGGCAGUUUUCAGAUUAUGUUUGUAAUUGGGAUGGUCAGCAAUAUUUGUACCAUCAAGAAUCUUUGCUCGAGUUCAACUGUAUUAAGGCAUUUUUCUGUAAAUAAUAUAAGUGUUCAGACGAAAUAAAUCUUUUUGCUAUUAGGUAUAACUUGCAAUAUAAAGUGAAAUAUCUAUGCCACAUACACACCAAACUGUUUUGGUACUGCAUUCCUUACAGUACAUGUGUAGUUAUACUGGUAUUUUGUGUUGAAGUUGUGUGAUGUAAAUAUCUCUGCAUUUUUUGAGUCAGGUAUUAGUGCUUUAUUGUAUCAUUUUAAUGAAAAGCAUAUUUUACCUAUUUUGAUUAUUGAAGGAGAAAGGUAAAUAUUAAUUUGUUUUUUAAAUCGCUCAAAACUGUUUUAUUUUUGAAAAUAGUUCCAAGUAUGAGGGAUGCUGCUACUACAGGGUCAUGUUUAUCUCAACCAUUUCAAACACCUAAGUCACAGACAUGCAGCUUUCAGUGGAAUUUUGUUGUGUCUUAGGGAAAAAAGGCUGCUAUUGAAGCAGUGACCUUGAAAUUCAAACAAAAACAAGUAUGAUUAUUUGUAAUUUAAGCUGGGAACCAGUUGGUUACUUGUAGUGUAAGCUGGGAACCAGCAAGUUACUGGGAACUAUUUUGGUUAUAUGCAUUACUCUGAACAUACACAAGAUUUCACCAGUUAAGCCAGGAACAUUUGUUAAAGAUACUGCUAAUGUUUGGAGAUAUUUUGAUACUUGUUUAUGAUUCCCAUGAAAAUAGUUCUAAUACUCAACACCAGCAUGAUAAAAUGGUUCCUGUUUAGCUUAUAAGGUCAUAAGAACAUUGUAUAUUAUAAUGAAUUUCAUUGAACUGUUAAAUUUUAGUUUUUUUCAGCUAGAUUAUUUGAAUAGGUGGAGCUGCUGUACUCGCUCUUCGGUCAGUGUUCAUGUGCUGGUUGGUUAAGUUUUGUAUGUAAACUGGUUUCCCAAUGAUGGAUUUAAACUUCACACACUUAUUCAUUGUGAUGAUCUGACAUGCAGUGCAAAGGUUCUAUGACAAUCUUGCUUUUUAUGCCCCCGAAGGGAGGCAUAUAGUUUUUGAACCGUCUGUCAGUCUGUCGGUCUGUCAGUCUGUCCGCAAUUUUCGUGUCCGGUCCAUAUCUUUGUCAUCGAUGGAUGGAUUUUCAAAUAACUUGGCAUGAAUGUGUACCACAGUAAGACGACGUGUCGCGCGAAAGACCCAGGUCCGUAGCUCAAAGGUCAAGGUCACACUUAGACGUUAAAGGUCAUUUUUCAUGAUAGUUGGGUGUGUCCGGUCCAUAUCUUUGUCAUCCAUGGAUGGAUUUUCAAAUAACUUGGCAUGAAUGUGUACCACAGUAAGACGACGUGUCGCGUGCAAGACCCAGGUCCGUAGCUCAAAGGUCAAGGUCACACUUAGACGUUAAAGGUCAUUUUUCAUGAUAGUGCAUUCGUGUCCGGUCCAUAUCUUUGUCAUCCAUGGAUGGAUUUUCAAAUAACUUGGCAUAAAUGUGUACCACAGUAAGACGACGUGUCGUGCGCAAGACCCAGGUCCGUAGCUCAAAGGUCAAGGUCACACUUAGACGUUAAAGGUCAUAUUCCAACAUAGUGCAUUGAUGGGCGUGUCCGGUCCAUAUCUUUGUCAUUCAUGCUUGGAUUUUAAAAAUAUUGGGCAUGGAUGUGUACCACAGUAAGACGACGUGUCGCGCGCAAGACCCAGGUCCGUAGGUCAAAGGUCCUAAACUCUAACAUUGGCCAUAACUAUUCAUUCAAAGUGCCAUCGGGGGCAUGUGUCAUCCUAUGGAGACAGCUCUUGUUCAAAAUGUUGCCCCCUCCCCAAGUAUGUGUAGUGUAUAUCUCAUUAGUACUUGAGCUAGACAUAGGAUUGUUAUUCAACAUAGGAAGUUGUGCAACUGGGCUUUUGUUUGGAAUUUCACUCAGUAGUAACAGAGUUAUGGAUCUUGACUUAAUCAAAAAUGUGCAAAUCAAGGUUAAGGCUUUUGCAAAAAGGGCUUAAAAGUGUAUGUCGCAUGGAUCUGAAAAAGAAAUGAUCUGGAGUCUUGAAAUCAUAUAGGAAUAUUAUUCAGCAUAUGAAAAUAUGUGCUUAGUACUUCAGUAUGUUUUAACCUGCACCCUGCUUCAGUCAUUUGAAGCACCUGGAAUUUUAUUUGGAAUUUCACUCUCUGCGAGACUAGACGUGGUCCAAAAUAUGCAUUUAAAGCCUAAAAGUCUGUGUUGCAUGUAUCUCGGAAAGUAUGUUACCUGGAGUAAUGAAACUAUAGGAAUGUUGUUGAAUGUUGUCCCCCCCCCCAACCCCUCCACACCAAAAAAAAAAUGGCUUUCAGUUUCAUUUGUGAGCUAGUAUCUCAGUAAACACUAGUUCUAGUGGAUUGAAACUGAACUAGUUUAUUCUGUGUGAUGAUCUGACAUGCACUGUGCAGGUUCCAUAACUCUGUUUGCCUUUUGAAAAUAUUGUGCCUCAUUUUUAGAAUUGGCAAUUAUGCUGGUAUCAUGUUUAGCAUCAUAAGAUGGGAAAGUUCUCUGACUCUCAGUUAUGUUUAAACAAAAUAGUUGCAGCUCCAGUUGUAGUUGCUUAUGUCAUUGUUUUCAUUCAUUUAACUUUUUUUGUGACAAGGCUUUGAAUAUUUGAGCAAUGCUGUCCACCAGUAACUAGGAAGAUUGUAUUUAGUUAUACUUUAUACUUAUAACAGAGUGUAUAGAUACAUAUAUGUAAAAUAAUCAAUGCAAUUAUGUGAUUUUCUUAUUGUAACAUUUUGUAUACAUUUUGUUUUUUGACUGUAUAUGUAUAUUUUUCUCCUUUUUAAUGUUAUGAAAUGAAAUGUAUAUUAGACCUGGCUAUAUAUUGUGUGUAUAUAUUUGCCAUGCAGUUUAAUUAAUAUUGUUAUGCCAUAUAUUCUGAUCAUAUCUAAACAAUGUGCUACAGUGUAUGUGAUUGAUACAUAAGUGUAUGUGUAGCUGUGAAGUAGUGUACUACUGUAUACAAGUUUGAUACUUUAUUAUGUAUAUAUGGCUGUAAAGUAUGGUCAUUUGUCAGAACUAUUUCCUCAGUAAAUGUAUGUUGUGUACAAGUCUUUGAUAUAUAGAUAUGCAUAUUGUUUUUGUCUUAAACUGUACUGAACAAAUUUGAAUCAUAUUACACCAGUCUGGUAAGUAAACAAUGUGACAGGUUAUAGUUAAAUUCCAUAGAUACAUUUAUAGCUUAUUAGCUGUGUGUCAAGAAAUAUUCACAAGUUCUUUAGUGUAGAUAUUAUCUGACUUUAGAAGCACAAUAUUAUUCUUUGAAAGAACAUGCGCAUAUUUUCCAGGUAAAGGUAAUCAUUUUGUUGCAUAUGCAUUUACUCAUAGUGACUUUAAAUGAACUAAAUUUAUUCUCUGGCAGGAGUAAAAUUGAAAAUAUCACUGCCAAUAAACAUUUAGUGUAAGAACAUACAUGAAAAUGAUGUCAUGCACCUAGCAUGAGAUUUGCACAGCAAUUUGGAAAAGUACAGACGCCUAGGGCUUGAAAAUAAUUCUGUUGUCUUAAAAAUACCCCAUCUUUGCACUGAGCUAUAUAAUGCAAACAAAUAAACUAAAUCUUUAAGUCCCCAAAUUUAUUAUGUCUCCCCCAGGAGACGUAUUGUUUUUGCCCUGUCCGUCUGUCCGUCCGUACGUCACACUUCAUUUCCGAGCAAUAACUGGAGAACCAUUUGACCUAGAACCUUCAAACUUCAUAGGGUUGUAGGGCUGCUGGAGUAGACGACCCCUAUUGUUUUUUGGGGUCACUCCGUCAAAGGUCAAGGUCACAGGGGCCUGAACAUUGAAAACCAUUUCCGAUCAAUAACUAGAGAACCACUUGACCCAGAAUGUUGAAACUUCAUAGGAUGAUUGGUCAUGAAGAGUAGAUGACCCCUGUUGAUUUUGGGGUCACUCCAUCAAAGGUCAAGGUCACAGGGGCCUGAACAUUGAAAACCAUUUCCGAUCAAUAACUAGAGAACCACUUGACCCAGAAUGAUGAAACUUCAUAGGAUGAUUGGUCAUGCAGAGUAGAUGACCCCUAACGAUUUUAGGGUCACUCUGUUAAAGGUCAAGGCCACAGGGGCCUGAACAUGGAAAACCAUUUCCAAUCAAUAACUUGAGAACCUCUCGACCCAGAAUGUUGAAACUUCAUAGGAUGAUUGUUCAUGCAGAGUAAAUGACUCCUAUUGUUUUUAGGGUCACUCCGUCAAAGGUCAAGGUCACAGGGGCCUGAACAUUGAUAACCAGUUCUGAUCAAUAACUUGAGAACCACUUGACCCAGAAUGUUGAAACUUCAUAGGAUGAUUGAACAUGCAGAGUAGAUGACCCCUAUUGAUUUUGGGGUCAGUCUAAUAAAGGUCAAGGUCACAGUGGCCUGUUCAUGUAAAAUCAUAUUUUGGAAAUAACUUGAGAACCACUUGACCUACAAUGUUGAAACUUAAUAGGAUGAUUGGACAUGCAGAGUAGAUGACCCCUAUUGAUUUUGAGGUCACUUGAUCAAAGGUCAAGGUCACAGGAGCCUGAACAGUGACUUGAGAACCACUAGGCCAAGAGUGUUGAAAUUUAGCAGGAUGACUGGACAUGCCAAGUUGAUGAUCCCUAUUGCAGCCAACCAUCAGUGUCUCUUUGACUUUCGCUCCUGACCCCUAUUGACGUCUUGCCUAUAGGACUUUGCAUUGGGGGAGACAUGCGCUUUUUUACAAAAGCAUUUUCUAGUUUAACUUUGUUUCGGAUUCCUUUAUACGAAUGCUGGUCUAAGAAGCUAUGGGAAGUCUGUAAAAUUCUCUAGAUCAUGCUGGUACACUGGUUACUCUUCAGUAAAUCGAGACUAUUCAAACAAAAGUUUUCAUGUACUGUUUAUAUGCAAGGUACUUGCCUGUUUUAAGAUGGUAUAUUAGUUCAUGCACAUACUACAUGUAUAAACUAGUCAAGAUACAGUUUUGAAUGAGUUUCAUGGGGAAAGUGUCUGUCUGUUCUCCAUGUACUAUUGGUCAGUAUGUUGUUGUUCUGUCAAGGUGUAAUAGUCUGAUAAUAUUACUUCGUCUUGCUGCCAUCUGUUUGUGUGUCUGUCUGUCUACAGUCAGGCUGUAAAAUAUGGUUGCCACAUAAUAGUAAAUUUUCUGAGUCAGGGGAAAAGUCGUGGAAUAAUGUUGAAUUGUACAGGGAAAAUUAGGCGAAAGACACUAGCAUUGAUUGAAAAAUUUUAACUUUCUGCAAUAAUACAUUCUGUAAAGGUCUUCAAACACUUCAUUGCAUGAAUGAAUGGUGGAAAAAGUUUAGAAAUUACAGUUUUAAGCAAGGUAACAUUGAUAAUGUUUUUGGGUUUGUUUUAUUUUUUUGCAGAAAACUCCAUUUGCAAGUUUUCAAGUAAAGUGUUUUAAUACCUCCCCUCAGGGGAAUUUGGAAUUCUUUAAUAUACUGGCCAUUGCUGGUGACAUAAUAAUGUUUACUGAAUUGUUCAGAAAAAGUAGGAGAUUUGCUUGUUUGGAAAGAUAAAUUUUGCUUGUUGUUUCUUGUACUUACUCUGUCCAUAGAUAUCUUAUAGAAGAUAUCAUUUUUUUUCCAAACGUUUUUCAUUGUAUAGGUAGUCAGUUGGAAUUAGAUCUGCCAAAAUUAUGAAAUACAACAUUGUUUAGAAAAAGAUAUAUUUUAGUCAUUUUACAUAGUUAUGAGUACCUAGAUCAGCACAUUUUAAUGUUAGGCGCUCAACUAAAACAAAGAGAUAAAAUAUUUUGAAAAAUAACAUAGAUGUAUUUUUAUCCAAAAAAAAAGUGGACAGUAGAGUACAAAAGAAUUGUGAUUACUUCGCAUUUUCUUCUUUAAUAAGAAAUUUUUUUUUUUGUUAAAUAACCCUUCCAAGGACAUGGAAUCAAAUCCAUUGUUAAUUCCAUGACUUGUCUGUAUGAUGACCUGAAAUAUGUAAUACAAGUGAUAUGUGUGGCUGUAUUUAUUAGGGGCCAUAUUUUUCAACUUUUAAAGGUGGUUGAUUAGAUUUUAGUCAUGUAAUGGCUUUGUUCAAAACAUUUGAUUAUUUUCAUUUGCAGAUGUAAAACUAGAAAUUAUAUUAGAAUUAAAAGAAAUACUUAAAUACUAAUAUAACAUGUUUCUUUAAAUGUUAUUUUUCCACCUUAAAGUCAGAAGUCUAGGUAGAUGUUCACUUUGCUCCUGUGUUGAUUAUAUUUCUUUGAGUGAUCCUUGAUAUGGACUUCGGAAACUUUGUAAGAAGGGUCCUACUCCUGCUAUGUAUCUGGGGACAUUGUGUUUUAUACCUGACUUAAAAAAGUUGAAUGUUAUGGGCCUUGUUUGAAUAUCCUGUUGUUGAUUUUAGAUAUGACUUUGUUUGCAUUUCAUAGUAUUUGUUAAUUCAUUAUCAUCAUGGCCAGUUUAUAAAACUUUGUAUGUUUCUAUUAUGAUGAAUGUAUUUUAAUCCAUUUUACACAUGUUUUGACUGAAUAGAUAUUAAAACAUUGAAAAUA